CGGGAAGCUGUUGCGAAGCCGAUAACAAAAAGAUGUCAACAUACCUUGGUCUGAUUAGGGAACGUUUAUCGAAAAGAUGAUCCUUGGCAGGCGAUGAAGAGGCUCUAAAUCGUGUGUGAGUUGAUUCGACUGACAAGUCUCUUUACUUUCUUUAAACCACUUUCAAACAAUCAUCUUGCGUGGUGCAGAUAUCACAACACAGGAGGUGGCUUUUGAGUAAAUCCUUUUCCUAUUCUUAGUUCGAAAUCUGACCGACCGCAAUCACACCAAUCGUAAACCUCUUUAACAAUGGGAAGUACAUCAGUACCAACCACAAUGCGGAUUGCCGCAGCUCAAUAUGAGCCGGAAUGGCUAGACCUACAGGCUUCAGUCAAGAAAACAUGCGCAAUCAUCGACGAAGCAGGGAAGAAAGGUGUCAAGGUUUUGGGCUUUUCAGAAGCUUUCAUCCCAGGUUAUCCCGCUUGGAUUUGGCACCGACCGGUAGACCCUGUCUUGUCGACUAGAUACAUCCAAAACUCUCUCGCCGUGAACUCGGACGAGAUGAGAACGAUACAAGCGUGCGCGAAGAAGAAUGGCGUCGUGGUCGCCCUGGGGUUUUCGGAAAACGACAAUAACUCGGUGUACAUUGCCCAGGCGAUUAUCGACAGCGACGGCAAACUCUUGAUGAACCGUCGUAAACUGAAACCGACGCACAUGGAAAGAACCAUCUUUGGUGACGCUUCAGGAAACAGCCUGAUGAAUGUCGUCCCCACACAAACCGGCAAACGUGUGGGUUCGCUUGCCUGCUGGGAACACGUCCAACCAUUGCUCAAGUACCACACCGCCACGCAGAGGGAGGACAUUCAUUCCGCCGGGUGGCCCCCACUAUCACCUCACGCUGGACACGAAUUGUGGUCCAUGUCGAAAGAAGGAUGUCUGAAUCUAUCUCGAACGUACGCCAUCGAGACACAGACUUUUGUUCUUCAUGCGACCACCGUCCUUGGUGAAAAAGGGAUCGAUGCCAUGGGAACUAGAGAGGGCGCACUCAUGAACACACCUGGUGGUGGAUCAUCGGCCGUCAUAGGACCUGAUGGCCGCAUGCUGUCGGAACCUCUCGAACCCACGGCUGAAGGACUGGUCGUGGUGGAUGUCGAUCCCAGCAUGUCAAUCAUGGCACGCAGCUUCUUGGACAUUUGUGGUCACUACAGUCGACCUGACUUGUUGUGGCUCGGGUGUGAUACGAGAGAAAGAAAGCACAAGGUUGAAGCUCAACCUCCUCAAUCGGAAGAAAAGGUCGUGGAGUAAUUGGACUAUCAUGUGUAAGUACAUAACUACAGAGGAGUAUUUUGUACAGACAAUGUGCACAUGUGUUGUAUUCUUGUGUGGCAUUGUUUGCCUUGUCAAUUUUUCUUCCCGGCUACCAAAACAUCAAGCCUAUUGUUCCUAUCACACUGAGUCCCAUACCGACCCAGCCGGAAAUCCAAACUUGUCUUCUCGUGUACAUGGCUCCAGUGUCCCAGAUGAGAUGUUUCAGGCCGUGGACGAUGUGGAAGACGAACGGGAA